GCGCGCAAUUCCAAACUCAAAAAAUUUCAAAACCUCAAAAAAAUGGCGGAUAUAUACACCCCAAACUCUUCCCCCCUCCCACAUCUGCACUCGUCACAAUCCUCUCUCUGUCUCCGUCUCUUUUCUCGAUUCGAAUUCCUGUGAAUCGGAGGAGCAGAAAGGCAGAAGAGGAAGCUAGCAAUGGCGGAGCAAGAAAACUGCAUGAGAGUCACUCGCUGGGCGAAGAAGAGAGCGGCAGACGGACUUAUUGUUGAACAACAACCGGGAAAGAAGAGGGUGGCGUUGAGGGAGAUCAAGGACUUCCCAAAUCAGAUUCAAAAUCUGGGGUCUAAACUUCACGGUCCCAAGAAGACUAAGCAGCAGGCGAAGAAGAAGGUGAAGAAGAUCGUGAAAGUGGAGAAAGGGACUAAUGGGGUGGAGAAGGAUGGUAUUGAUUCCAAAUCCGAUGACCCUCAGAUGUGCAGUGCUUAUGUUUCUGAUAUUUACGAGUAUCUGCGUCAAAUGGAGGCGCAAGAGAAAAGAAGACCUUUGUGUGAUUAUCUUGAGAAGGUUCAGAAGGAUAUUACUGCAAACAUGAGAGGGAUUUUGGUGGACUGGCUGGUGGAAGUUGCAGAGGAAUACAAGCUUCUCUCAGAUACUCUAUAUCUAACUAUUGACUAUAUCGAUAGAUUCUUGUCCAAAAAUCCAAUCCCCCGGCAAAAACUUCAGCUUCUGGGUGUUUCAUCAAUGCUUAUUGCCUCUAAAUAUGAGGAGAUUAGUCCUCCCAAUGUGGAAGAUUUCCGUUACAUUACAGACAAUACCUAUACCAAGCAAGAAGUAGUGAAGAUGGAAGGAGAUGUGCUGAAUGCCCUCAAAUUCGAAUUGGGAAACCCCACGAUUAAGACAUUUCUGGGAAAAUUUACCCAGAUUGCUCAACAAGACUAUAAAUCAGAAAAUUUGCAGUUGGAGUUCUUGGGCUACUACCUAGCAGAGUUGAGUUUGUUGGACUAUAGCUGCAUAAAGUUUUUACCUUCUAUGGUGGCUGCAGCUGUUGUAUUCCUUUCAAGGUUCACACUUAAACCAGAAGUGCAUCCAUGGAGCCAAUCACUGCAAGAUUACACUGGAUAUAAGCCAGCUGAUUUGAAGGAAUGUGUUUCUGUCAUACAUGACUUGCAAUUGAGUAGAAGAAGAGGAUCUUUGGUGGCUUUAAGGGAGAAAUACAAGCAGCCCAAGUUUAAAAGCAUUUCAACACUGUUGUCUCCAAUACACAUCCCAGAUUCCUAUUUUGAAGAUCCAACAAUGUAAAAACAUGGGCCGGCAAAUGCAUUAUAUAGAGUAGAAUAGAGAGUUUUGUUGAAGCCAAGCAGUCUUGAGGUGUAGGAAAUAGGAAUACUCUUCAUUGCUGCUUGUUUUGACCUAACUUCAUAUGUGUCUUUAGAGUUUAGACAAAUCUGGAAUGAAAACAUAUAUUUAAACAGUGCCUUAGUUUGCACAAUCUACAGAA